UUCAUAUUGAUAAGCAGAAGAACGCACAUUUCGAUAAUGCUAUUAGAUUAGGCAUUGAAAGUAAUACAAAACUAAUAUAAAGAGAAUCAUUUUAAAACUCCAAGUUUAAAACUAUGUCCGAAGAAUUCACUUUUCGCCGUGCUAAGGCUGAAGAUAUAAAGGAUGUACUGGCCAUGAUACAGGAGCUGGCUGACUUUGAAAAAAUGAGCAAUGGUCCUCAGCUUACAGAAGAAGAUCUUAAGCGAGAUGCAGGGCUAACUGGUGACCAGGAGUGCUGUGAAGUCUAUGUGCUUAUAGAUAAUGCCACAAACCAGGCGAUUGGCUACUCCAUUUGCUACAAAGCUUACUCCACCUGGCAGGGUCGCUACUUCUUUGUCGAGGACAUUUACGUGCGUCCGGAGCACCGAAAGCGUGGCGCCGGCAAACGAAUCUUCCUCGAGGUUUCCGCCCGAGCCGCCGAGCUGAAAUGUCCGCGUCUGGAGUUCAAUGUCCUGGAGUGGAAUCCCGCCCGCAAGUUUUACGAAAGCCUUGGGGCGGUGGACUUAACCGCGAAGGAGGGCUGGCACUACUACCGCGUGGAGGAGCAACAGCUUGCCAAAUUAGCCCAGGAUCUGGCUUCAUCCAAGUCUUGACUUCUUUUCGAUUUUACAUAUUUACUAACGUUCACAGUACAAGUUAAAUAAUACUUAAAGCAAAAGUUUAUAGUUGCUAUA